AUGCCACCCUAUGUGGCCCUGUAUGACCCCGUGUCACCCCAUGUCACCUGUAUGACCCCGUGUCACCCCGUGUCACCCCAUGUCACCCUGUAUGACCCCGUGUCACCCCGUGUCACCUCCCGUGUCACCCCGUGUCCCCCGGUGUCCCCCCCAGGCGCCCCCAGCACGGCGGAGCUGCGGAUCUGCCGGGUGAACCGGAACUCGGGGAGCUGCCGGGGGGGGGACGAGAUCUUCCUGCUCUGUGACAAGGUCCAGAAAGAGGACAUCGAGGUGCGUUUCUCGGCGGAGGGCUGGGAGGCCAAGGGCUCCUUCGCCCAGGCCGACGUCCACCGCCAGGUCGCCAUCGUCUUCCGUACCCCCCCGUACCGGGAGCCCGCCCUGCGCCACCCCGUCACCGUCCGCAUGCAGCUCCAGCGGCCCUCCGACCGCGAGCGCAGCGAGCCCAUGGACUUCCGCUACCUGCCCCACCAGGGGGACCUGCAGUGCAUCGAGGAGAAGCGCAAACGAACCCGCGAGACCUUCCGCUCCUUCGUCCAGCGCAGCCCCCUGAAGCAGUGCAUCGAGCUGGAGCAGCAAUUUGAUUUCCUGAAGGACCUGGUGGCCGCCGUCCCCGACAUGCAGGGGGAGGGGGAGGAGCCCCACGGCGAGGGAGAGAGGGGACCCCGAAGGAAGCAGUGCAUCGAGCUGGAGCAGCAAUUUGAUUUCCUGAAGGACCUGGUGGCCGCCGUCCCCGACAUGCAGGGGGAGGGGGAGGAGCCCCACGGCGAGGGAGAGAGGGGACCCCGAAGGUUGGGAAACAGGGCAGAGAAGGCUUGCAAAGAAAAACCCAAUAGUGAAGAACAGGAAGAGAAGUGGAAUGACAAAGAAAAGCAGAAAAAUACAGAAGAUGGAAGGCAGCUUUGCAGAAUAGAUUGA